AUGCUCCACGAAAUCCUCCUCUCGCUCUCGGGCCAUCCGUCGCCUCUCCUCCGAGCCGGAGCUGCCGAGUCGGGCGCCGUGUCUGGCGUCACGCCCUCGGAACGGCAGCUGCUCGCGUCGGCAGCGCAUCUGAGCGACAUCCACAUCAAGCUCAUCAAGUACGCCGGCCAGACUGCCGGCGCGCACCCGUCGCCGAUAUGUCGGGCCGUGGGGACGGCGAUACAGUCCAUACAUCUGUCUGCCUUUCAGCGCAAGAUCCUCGAGGUGGAGGAGAGCAUACUCAAGGAAGACCCGGAGCUGGUGGGCGAAUACAACAUUGUGCCCCUGACGGCUGUCAUGGGCGAGUUUACGCAAUGGACGCGGCUUUUCGAAUGGCUUUGGGAUAUCGUUCAGUUCAUGAUGACAAAGGACGAAAAGGGCGCUUGCCGAGGCUCGCAGAUCAUGAACCGUCUGCGAACCGAGCUGCUGAGCGGUUACCGGGACGUGGAGGAGGCGGCCAUGAGCUUGGUCAAGGUCGCAGAGACUGCGUGGCUGAAACAAGUGUCGGCAUGGGUCCUCUAUGGAAGACUGCCGAAUCUGGGAGGCGAUGACUUUUUCAUCCAAAAGGUGGAUGGGACAGCCGAGUACAUCUACGAACCAGAACUGCUGCCGGGAUUCGUCACGCCCGCUACAGCGGCAUCGAUGCUGUUCAUCGGCAAGUCACUCAACCAUACCCGUGUCAGGGCCACUGUCGAUUCAGGUAUGGGAGGGCUCGAUCAUCUGUCAACAAAGCUGCAAGAGCUGGCCAGCUUGUCGUUUCCCAUCAACGGCGCCACGUUCGCGAGAACAAUUGUCUCCAUCCGACUAUCACUUUCGCAAAACACCCUUCAAAAGAUAUUACCCACAGCAAAGGUCAUUGAAACGCUGCAACUGCUGCGAGAGUUCUUCCUCCUGGGGAGAGGAGAGUUUGCCAUGGCCCUGACUCAGGAGGCGGACGAUAGGAUUCGCAACCGCUGGCGGAGAGCCGGCAACCUAGCGCACGACAGCAAAGAUGGCAUGAAGAACAUUACCGUCAAGGACGGGGAAGUCUCUGCCGUCUUGGCGAGGACGUGGGCCGUCUUGGUAGCCAUGCAGCGGAACCAAGUCGAGGAAGACGAGCUGCUGGAGCUGGCGAGAGACCUGCUUCGGCUACACCUCACCAAAGCCACUCUGCCACCAGUCACCGUCAGUCCAGGCCUGAAUGCCGACGAGGCCAAGCUGGUGGCGUCAUCUCCAUUCCGAAAUCUGCUCUUCUCAACUCCCGCCACCCUAUCCAUUCAGCUCCCAUCACCGCUCGACAUGGUCAUCUCGCCCUCAGACCUCCAGCUGUACUCGUGCAUCAACUCCUACCUCUUGUCCAUGCGUCGAGCCCACAUUCGUCUCACCGACUUAUGGAAGAUCACAUCUCUACGACGGCAUCAUCCCGCCCCCCGCGGCGCAACCGAGUAUGCCGGCAUUCUCCGAGAGCGGUGGUCGGCCCGCGCAGCAGCUCUUCGAAGCUCGUGGACGACUGCGAGCGCCGCCAUCUUCUUCCUCGCCGAAACAGAGGCCUUCUUCCAGACGGAAAUCGUAGAAGGUCUUUGGGAAGGAUUCCUCACCUGGCUGACGGGGAAAGACAGGCGGCGAGAGGGCGGUCGUUCUGGUGCGGCCACUCCGGCGGCGCAUUCAGCCAAGCACAGCACGACGACAAUGGACUGGAGGCCCAGCUCCUCCAGCAACGCCGCCAAUCCAAACGAUGUGUCCAGGAUUCUCUCACGGCCUGCCCCUGAUCCGCAAACCCUCGCUACCGCUCACUCCCUGUAUCUCCGCACGCUCGUCCACCGGCUUCUCCUCACGCAGCCUGCGUUUACAAAUCUUCUCUAUACGCUCCUCAACCACAUCGACCAUCUCAUCACACACAUCCAGCGAUUGCACUCCAUCUUCACAUCGAUAGACCUCGAGACCGACGCCGGGGUAGUCGACUCGUCCAUGGAUCUCGGCCACGAGGAACGCCAGACAAUGGCGCUCCUACGGGGCGUCGAGGGCAAGAUCCAGCGGGGCAUCGAAGACGUCAUAGCCGCGCUGCGGGCCUUGGAGGGAGACGUCGAGUUUCUCGCCAGGUGGGAGGGGCUGGACGGGACGGUGGAUGUGCAGGACGAGUAUGGCGAUGGGGAGAGGUACAUCCCCGUCAGGGUCGGGGGGAUCAAUCGGCUGUUGAUGAAGCUGGAUUUUGGGACGUGGAUUACCACGCAGGGGGAGUAUGUCUGA